ACAGCUCUGGGGGCUGCUGAAGUCCAGAAUGAAGCAAAGAGCAGCAGAAGCGAGCGCUGCAGUGGGAGCGGAGGAGCCCAAGCAUCACCAGGAGCCGGAGCCAGCCAUUCUCCCUGCUGGGAGCAACUGGGGGCACCCAGGGACCCUGCAGCCCUGUCCCCACGGGGGAACUGCCUCCAGCACAGCCACCGAACCCGCUGCCAGCUCCUGCACAGCCAGCCCUGGGCAAGAAGAGGGGAAGGGGCUGGUGGUCCUGGGGACCCAGGGUUCAACUCAGCCCUUCAGUGGAUCAGCCCUGCCAUGGUCAGGCUAGGAGCCUGAGCAGAUCCCUUGGAAAGGGGUGAAGGAUGGCUGCAGAGGGAGAGGGAGCUAAGCCCGUUGCCCGGUCCAGGAUGGAGAACUUCCGAAAGGUGAGGACCUCAGAAGAGGAGAUCCCCUUGCCCUUCUCUGACCUGCCCCCAGAUGUGGUGGAAAUGAAAGUGAAGGAGGGCAGCAAGAUCAGGAACCUGAUGAACUUUGCCAUGGCUCAGAUGGAGCUGAAGGGCAGCCGGCAGAUCAUCUUCAGUGGCUGCGGCAGGGCAGUCACCAAGACCAUCACCUGCGUAGAGAUUAUGAAGCGAAAGCUGGGAGGGCUUCACCAGGUCACCAAGGUGCGCUACAAAACCUUGCUGGAGGUCUGGGAGAACCAGGACCCACCGCCUGGCAGCCCAGUGCAAAACCUGACCGUCCACAAGAACGUCCCCUCCAUCUGCAUCCUCCUCUCUCGAGAUCCCCUGGACCCCAACCAGAAUGGCUACCAGCCCCCAGAGCCCCAGCCUGGGCUCAGCCAGGCAGGAGAAGACACAUCCAACUCCUCCACCAAGGGGCUGAAGCGGUCAAUGCCACCUCCCCACAAGGAGCUGUUGCCCAAGAAGUUGCAGGUACAGGUGCCCGACAGCUCGAGGGGCUCAGGGAUCACGGACAGCCAGCUGGAUUGCCACCACUGACCCCACCUCUCGCCUGACCAGCCUCACACUGGGUAUAUAGGCAGGAUUGUGCCCUCUAGCCAGGCAGGGGACGCGCACUGGAGAAAUUGCGGGGGUUUUAGCUGCUUUGUUGUGGAUAGAGGCAGCAUUGUGCUCACCCCAGGGUCACCGGUGUGCUUCAAGGCUGUUUCCGACACGCUGCCGCUGCUCCAGGUGACCCCCGUGCAUGAGGACUUGCUGCUAGGGGUAGCACAUCCAUGGAUUUGGGGAGAGGGGGAAAGGGUUAACCCUGCCAGCCCUAUGGGAUGUGCAGGGGGGAGCUGCUGCAAUGCCACCACGGAGCUUGAGCCCUUGCUGCCUUUCUCCUGGCCCACCAUUGCUUCCCACCUGUCACAUCUCAGCCAUCGGGAAAGACGCUUUUGCCCCAAACCUGCUGGAGCAACACCUUCGUUAACAGAACGACCGCAAUUAUGCCCAGCGAGGAGCUGUCAGGUUUAUUAAUGCCGGGCUCAGUGCCCCACGGUGCCGUGAUUCAUCCCAAAUAAAACAAACGAGCAGCAGGUCGCUACCUCCCGGCGCUGCGGAGCCGAGCGCUGCCUGCCUACCGGACAGCAGAAGGAAAUAAAACAUCCCUCCUCCUCCUUCUUCUUCCCACGCUGGACAUUCAGGUCUUUGCUCUCUCCUGGAGGCGUUUGUAGGGUUUGGAGUGGUGGGAGCAUUAGGUGGGUUCUUGUCGUGGCUGGAUGCAGUGUCCGGUGCAGGAUGGGGAGGUUUUGGGGUUGUGGGCUGACAUCCUAGGAAAGCCCUUUGGAGUAAAUCCCUGUUUCUUCCAGGGGCUAAAGGGA